CUAUUGUCUAUUGUCUAUUGUCUAUUGUCUAUUGUCUAUUGUCUCCGGAGAUGCUGCUCGGAUGUUCCGCUGAGUUACUCCAGCAUUUUGUGUCCAUUUUCAAUGCUUUGUCCUUUCAGGCGUUUGAUCUCGCUGUCCCAGCUGGAUAUUGUGGUACGCGCACACUAAUUUAUCAUCGACGUCUUUUGGCAAGAGUGGAGGAGACAAGUGGACAACCACGUCCUCGGGACCUCUGGACCUCAGCUGCCCCUGGCUAAGUCUCUCCAUAGCAGCGGGGGGAAGGGGUUACCUAUCUAGGUUAGCUGAGGCAUGGAGCAUGAACAGGAGCUGGAGAGCCUGUGGAAGGAAGCCACAUGUUCCAUCUGCUUGGACAUGUUCCGGGAGCCCCAGACCAUCGACUGCGGCCACAACUUCUGCCGCGCCUGCAUCGUGGGCUUCUGGGAAUCGGUGGAGGGUGGGGAGUUCUCCUGCCCCCAGUGCCGCGAGGUUUUCCCGCGGCAACAUCUGCGGCCAAACCGCACCGUGUCCAACCUGACCGAGAUCAUCCAGAAACUUCUACCGAUGCCCAAAGACGAGGCGGUUCAGUGGGACAAGGAAGAGAAGACACAGGUAAAAUCAGCCACCGUCUCCUGCGUAGGUACAAGUCCCCACCACACCCGUAUCCCUGGAGAAACUGUCCUUCACCAUCACUUCAACCAAUCUCCCUUCCGUCAAAGGGGUGGAGAUAAACUGGUCGAAGCCCUGGAUCGAUUUGAGGUGACGCUGGAAGAACUUUCUAGAAGCCGGCUGGAAGAAGAGGCGAGCGCGGCUAAGCUGAAGAGGCGCGUGGUUGGGUUGACAAUGAGCAUCAAGUACGAGUUUGCCAGGCUACAUCGCUUCCUGGACGAUGAGGAACUGAUACUGGCCACCCGGCUGAGGCAGAGGGAGGAGAACGUCUCCGCGCAGAUCCAGGAGAACCUGAGGCAAAACUCGGAGGAGGUCACUGCCAUCAAUGAAAUCAGCGGCGUCCUCACUUCCACGCGGUCCGUUCUUGUCCAUCAACGGCGGCGGCACGGAUCUCCCCGCUAUCACCGCCGGGUCCUCUCCGGACGCCCCUGUGGCGCCGACCUAGGCUCCAACCACGGGCUCCACAGACCCAGGGACCGUCGACCGCGGGCUCCGACCUUCCGGGAUGCAUCUGACCCACGAAACCUUCCCAGCUGUUAUCAGGCAACUGAAUCAUCCUACCACAUCCAGAGAGCAGCAGCUCAGUUUCUCCAACAUUUUUGUGUGCCUUCGAUCUUCCAGCAUCUGCAGUUCCUUCUUGAACACUUUGUCUACUCCACUGCGAAAUCUCCUCAAGGUAUGCCUGCUUUGAAGAAGUUCUCCUCCUCUCUCCGGAGACAGCUUCACAACCUUCCAGUUUUGCUAGCCCUUGCUGUCUCCUCCUCCAACCAGUCGACUAAGGUAUCUGUGGACCUGACCCUGGGGGAUUUCUGUGGCCCGACGCUGUACACCAUCUGGAAACAAAUGUUGAAUGUCAUUAACCCAGUUCCGAUCGGCUUGACCCUUGACCCGCGGACAGCCAACCCGUUCCUGGAGGUGUCGGACGACCGGACCGAGGUGCGUCUGGUGAAGGAGAGGCGGGACGUGGCGGAGCACGCCGAGCGCUUCACCGCCUGCCUGUGCGUCCUGGGGGCGGAGACCUUCACCGCCGGCCGGCACUACUGGCAGGUGGAGGUGGAGGACAACUCGGCCUGGAUCGUCGGCGUGGCCAAGGGCUCCAUCCAGAGGAAGACCGACAUCACCCUGAGACCCUCCAACGGUUGCUGGGCGGUGGAACUCUUCCUCUGGAGGUACCAAGCCCUGACCUCACCCCCCACUCACCUCCAGCCCAAGCGGAACCCUCGGCGGGUCGGGGUGUACCUGGACUAUGCCGCCGGGCAGGUGUCCAUGUGUGACGCUGACGACAUGUCCCACCUCUACACCUUCUCCGACGUCUUCACUGGGAGACUUCACCCGUUCUUCUGGACUGCUUGUAAAGAUGGGUCUCUGAAAAUGGCCGCCCUGCAGGUUUAAGGGGGCCACGGGCUAGCGUUGGAUUUGGGCGGGCGCGGUGGCGCAGCGGUAGAGUCACUGACUCACACCCCCCGCGGUGCCGGAGACCCGGGAUCGAUCCCGACCACGGGCACUGUCUGUAACGUUCUCCCCGUGACCCGCGUGGGUUUUUCCUCCAAGAUCUUCCGCUUCCUCCCACACUCCACAGACUAGGUAUGUGACAAACCUAC